AUGCCGCCGCUCAGCCUCCUCUUCCUCCUUCUGGGAGGCGCGCUGGCCCAUCCAGACCGGAUCCUUUUCCCAAAUCCUGCCUGUGAAGACCCUCCAGCAGUGCUCUUGGAAGUACAGGGCACCUUACAGAGGCCCUUGAGCCGGGACAGCCACAGCUCCCCUGCCAACUGCACCUGGCUCAUCCCUGGCAGCAAGGAUCAGACAGUGAUGGUCAGGUUCCAAAAACUGCACUUGGCCUGUGGCUCAGAGCGCUUAAUCCUGCGCUCCCCUCUCCAGCCACAGAUCUCCCUGUGCGAGGCACCGGCCAGCCCUCUGCAGCUGCCUGGGGGCAACGUCACCAUCACCUACAGCUACGCCGGGGCCAGAGCACCCAUGGGCCAGGGCUUUCUGCUCUCCUACAGCCAAGAUUGGCUGAUAUGCCUGCAGGAGGAGUUCCAGUGUCUGAACCACCGCUGUGUGCCCUCCGCCCAGCACUGCGACGGGGUCGAUACCUGUGGAGAUGGCUCGGAUGAGGCAGGUUGCGGUUCAGAUCCCUUCCCUGACCUGGUCCCUGCCUCUGACCCCACCCCUCCCUGCAAUCACACCUUGGAAGACUUCUAUGGGGUCUUCUCCUCCCCUGGAUACUCACACCUGGUGUCAGUCUCCCGCCCCCAGUCCUGCCUCUGGCUGCUGGACCCCCACGAUGGCCGGCGCCUAGCAGUGCGCUUCACAGCCCUGGAUCUGGGCUAUGAAGAUGCAGUGCAUGUGUACGAUGGCCCGGGGCCCCCCAAGACCUCCCGGCUGCUUCGCAGGCUCACCCGCUUCAACAACGGCAAGGCUGUCACCGUGGAGACGCUGUCUGGCCAGGCCGUUGUGGCCUACCACACAGUUCCUUGGAGCAGUGGUCGGGGCUUCAAUGCCACCUACCACGUGCAGGGCUAUUGCUUACCUUGGGACCAACCUUGCGGCCUAGGCUCCGGCCUCGGGGCCAGUGAGGGCCUCGGGGAGCGCUGCUACAGUGAGGCCCAGCGCUGUGAUGGCUCGUGGGACUGUGCCGAUGGCACAGAUGAGGAGAACUGCCCCAGCUGCCCACCUGGACACUAUCCCUGUGGGGCUUUUGGCACCCCUAGUGCCACAGCCUGCUACCUGCCUGCUGACCGCUGUAACUACCAGACCUUCUGUGCUGACGGAGCAGAUGAGAGUCGUUGCCGGCACUGCCAGCCUGGCAACUUCCGAUGUCGGGACGAGAAAUGCGUGUAUGAGACAUGGGUGUGCGAUGGGCAGCCAGACUGUGCUGACGGCAGCGAUGAGUGGGACUGUUCCUAUGCCCUGCCCCGCAAGGUCAUUACCGCUGCAGUCAUUGGCAGCCUGGUGUGCGGUUUGCUGCUGGUCAUUGCUCUGGGCUGCACCUGCAAGCUCUAUGCCAUUCGCACCCAGGAGUACAGCAUUUUUGCCCCCCUCUCCCGAAUGGAGGCUGAGAUUGUGCAGCAGCAGGCACCCCCCUCUUAUGGGCAGCUCAUUGCCCAGGGCGCCAUCCCACCUGUGGAGGACUUCCCUACGGAGAAUCCUAACGAUAACUCGGUGCUGGGCAACCUGCGUUCUCUGCUACAGAUCUUGCGACAGGAUAUGACUCCGGGGGGCGCCUCAGGUGCCCGCCGCCGCCAGCGGGGCCGCACUGUCCGCCGCCUGUGA